GACCAUGAACUAUCGGUUUCUGCACAACUACGUGAAGAAGCGGCCGUACCAGGUAUACAGGCUGGCCAAGCGCAUUGAUAAGGUAGCUAUGGCGCUACUGUUGAUAGGGUAUCCCAUAUUUACGGUGGCUGUGUUUGUGCUGAAGAAGGAUAGUGAGUUGACCUGAAGACACGCACGGUGCAUACAGCUCUCGACUGAAUGCGAGUCACAAGAAAGUCGCACAUGUGGUCUAUAAGCAUGCCACAUGGGGCCUGCUUGUGGGCCUAAAACCACCUCACCUCGACUGGUCAUACUUCAAGUCAUG